AUGGAGAUCAUCGUUGCCGGAAGGUAUAAAGCACUGGUGUUGCAGUUCGUGUUGCUUUCUCACAUCAUGCAGAUUUGGUCGUGCUGUAGGGUUUUUUUUUUUGCGUUUUUUUUUCAUCGUCAUCCUAAAAAAAACUUAAUACAGGUAUCCUUGUGCUUGUCCGCGCUUACGCUUUCAGGCCUUCUACUUACACGCGCGGAAUGGAAGCAUUGUGGAGACGGAAGGGAAGUGCUGCAGCGAGCCAAGAUCUCCUAGAGGUGCUUUCUCGGUGUUCUGCAUGCCGAGAUUCGUGAAGAUGUUACCGCGAGGGAGGUGGGGUCUGUGCAUGUUAUUCUUUUACCAAAUGUUGUUUCAUAUAUAGUGAUAAUGAAAAAACUGAUAAUGACGAGGUUGCCAGUUGCUCGACUUGUUUAUGAUUUACAGAUAUGAGCUUGUAUUUGUUGAUAGCAUUUCCUUACACGUAGGCGACUGUUGUAUUUGUUUCGUAUAUAUAAAUGUGAAAGAUGUUCUUGCACCGAAUCGCAAACGGAUAGACCACAGCACCGUGGUCAGUGAAGAGGGCAAAAGCAAACCCAGAUUGGAUAUGAACAGCAGUGACUCUUGAAUGUAUUGUAUUGGUGCUACUUGUACGGAGCCACAGCAAAGAAAUCGAUGCAGUAUCGUCUGCGCGAAAUUCAUUCUGUUUGUGUCUCUGUUCCGCAGACCACUCUAUAUCAAGUUCAUAAGUUCGGAUUCUGCCAGGCCUCAAGUGAGAGACUGAUGAGAUCUGGUUCGUCCACCUCGACUGAUGCGAAAGAAGAAGCUCAUAUGUAGAAAUGUAAAAAGCCCGAAGAUCCACGUAUUUUGUGUGUGCGCACAAUGCAAUGACGAGCAAUAACAUGAUCAUCUACAGCAAGUUCAAAGCUUUUUUUGUGUUGGCGCUCUCUUGAUCUACAGCUACUACACGCAGGAGGCCAAUAGCCAGAAGCGGAC